AUGUGUAUUACUAUCGCUACUACCGAUCACCCAGACUACUCGUUUAUACUUCUUUCCAAUAGAGAUGAGUUUUUCAAAAGACCAACUAUGCCAGCCCAAUUCAAGCAAGUUAAGGACCACGACAAAGUAUUAGCCCCACUUGACCUUGCCAGACCUGAACAUGGAACGUGGAUAGGAGUCACCACAAGUGGAAAGCUUGCAGUGUUGGUCAAUUACCGUGAUAUGGAUACACAGAGUACUAUGAAGCAAGUGUCGAGAGGUAUACUACCCUUGAAUUAUUUGGAGUCAACAAAAACAGACGACGAGUGGAGAGAUAGUUUUUCAAUCAAUAUGCAAAAUGGCAAUAAUCCUCUUGACUUGAAGAGUAUCGGAGGGUUCACGUUGUUGUAUGGCUCGCUAAAGAUUAGUCCAGGUGAUGGCAUAGACCAUUUGAACAUCUUGAGUAACAAAGGACACCAUGGAAGGGUAUUUGAAAAGAACAAGCAGUCGCAAAGGUUGGAAAAACAUGACCAUAUUUCGACAAAGUCUACAUUCGGGUUAUCCAAUUCACUUUAUAAUGAUCCAUGGAAGAAGGUUGAACUUGGUGAGCAAAUGCUAAAGGAACUUGUUUCUAGAUCCAUAGGAACCCAUCUAACUCAGGAGGAACUAGUUGAGCAGUGUUUCUAUUUACUAAGUCACGAUACCUACAACAGAUCCAUUAUGAAACAGCACGAUUUUGAUGUCAAGGUAUUGGAGUUGAGAAAUUCCAUAUUUAUUCCACCGCUAGAAAGAGAAGGUCCAGAGAGUAAUUCAGCGUCAAUCGGCGAUUACUAUGGGACCAGAACGCAAACUAUCAUUUUGUUGGACAAAGCAGGCAAUUUAAACUACUAUGAACGCAAUUUGCAUUCUUCAGAUGUACGUGAGGUUGAUAAACCAUUGAUUACGUCUAGCCUCAGAAUAAUGCCCUUUGAAGUCCUCAGCACUGAACCAGAGACCAGAGUCUACCAUUCACCGCCAGUAAGCCCACUGGCCUCCAAUAAUGACAUCCUUAUCAUGAUACCGGGAAACCCUGGUCUCGUUGGCUACUACAUCACUUAUCUUGACUACAUCCAGAAGGCGAUCCCCCAAUUUGAAGUCUUUGGCAUUGACUACUUAGGUUUUAACAAGCUCCCAACCACAAAGCAACAACAUAUCUACACCGUCGAGGAGCAAAUCAACCACAAUUAUCUUGUGAUAAAACACAAAAUUGAACAGCAGCAGCAGCAACCCACCAAACCCAGCUUUUAUUUCUUGUCCCAUUCAUUGGGAGGUUUCAUUACUCAAAGAACCAUCAAGAAGCUUUUGGAAGAUGACGACUUGAAAGGCAAGUUUCAAGUGAAAUUCAACGGCAUGAUUACUCCAACCAUAAGCAACAUAGCUGGAUCGGAAUCGGGAACCAAGUUUACCAAGAUGAUCAAUGCUAGAAUUCCCGUGGUGGGAAUUGCCAUGACUUUUGGUACCGUGUUUUCCUACAUCCCAGAGUCAGCCCAGAGAUACCUUUUAAAGCGCCAGUGGACCGUUCCAAAACAAGUGAUUGAAGAAGGAGCAAAUCAUGAAAACGUCGGGUUGGAGAAUUCGCUCGAAACAACCGUUGAACUCAUCAACUCUCCUAGCGCUAUCAACCAAGCACUCAAUAUGGCUAAAGAUGAAAUGAAUGUCAUUACAACCCUGGAUGAAAUCAAUGACUGGUUGUUCACCAGUGGUUCAGAUACAUUUCAAAACUGGUGCUUUUUUGCCCAGCAAGACCAUUGGGUUUCCAACCAAACCAGAGACCACUUGAUCACCAAGUAUGGCAAUGUAGACCCAGGGAGAAAUAAAUUUGAAAUUUGUCAAAAUGUGGAAAAUCCAAUCAAACAUGCAUUUGUUUUGAAUCAGAGUAAGGAAUUUGCUGAAAUUACUAUUAAUAGAAUUUGCAAAGCGAUGAAGCGUUGGGAUUAA